AGUAUUUUUCGUACCAUCGGCGUUAAAACACACGUUCAGGCGAUUUUAUGCGGGAGUGUAAACUAAUCUGGAAGAGCAACAAAUCCAACAGCAACAACAAAAGCAACAGCAUCUCACCAGCAAAAAAGCAAAAGCAAAAGCUGAAAAUAUUAACACGUUGACGGUUUUUUCUAGUGUUUUAUCGCGAGCGGAAAAGCUUAAUUAGCGCGUACUAGCGAGACCCCGAAAUCUUUUUUCCUCUAUGGUCUUUGCGUCUUUGAGUGUGCGUGCCAAAUUUUAAAUACGUCAUCGACGCGCGCAGCCUUAAAACGAACUACAAAAAAAAAACACCAGCAGCAGCCACAAAAAUUGAUACACACAGCAAAAGAUUGUAAUCAAUUGCAGGAACAACAAAACCAACUAAACAAACUGAGGAAAAAAGUUCCAUAACACAACAAUAAAGCAAUAACUUGAAUUAAUUAACUUGUUAUUGUGUAUUCCACUGUUUGCCAUUCACCACGAAACGCGGCUAACAAAAAAGAACGUGCAAAACAGCUGAGACGAGACUCAAAUUGAGAGUAACGGAGCAUCAAGCAACAAGUGCAGCAGAGCCCUUUCAAUUAAAAGAGAGAAAAAGAUAGACAGAAGGAGAGAGCGCGGAUAUAUGUGUGUGCACUCCAAUAAAUACAAAUACAAAACACAACCACAUUGUUGUUGCCACAAUCAAUUAGAGUGAUAGCAGCCAGACGGCAGAGGACAAAAGCAGCGCAGCAACGGCAUUCGCAUCAAUUUACUGCUUGGUCAGCACAAGCACAAGCACAGCCACAGCAUCUGAAUCUUCGGCUUCGGCUUAAUUCCGAAAAGUGUGUCUGUGAGCGUAGUUGCUCCCGUUCAGCGUUCCGCCUCCAUAAUCGCAAGUGCUCGUUUGUUGUUAUUGUCGUACUUCGCGAUCUGAGAUCUUUCAUUGGUAUUUGUUGGCAGCGCCGUCGUCUUGAUUGGAACGAUCUCUUAAUAUAAUUUUUUCUUUUCGCCGACGUACUUUUUUGAUUCCGAAACUGGUGUAUCUGUAGUUUCCCGCUAACGGCGAAAAUUCACACAACUCAUUGAUAUUUUAACCUCGUGUCCGCGUUGGCUGCCGCUCGACCAAGGUUCUGCCGCACAAAAUGCUCGUCUCUUUGGGCUUUUCGAAGCCUGGCUUCGUCGGACUAAAAGUGCUCCUCUAGCACAUUAGCAAGUCCGGCCAUCGUAAAAUCGAAAACACAAAAAUUCAAAUCGAAAACUUUAAACAUAUAAAACCCAUUGAAUUGGCAGCCAAAAGUUAUCACCACCCACCGUUAAACCGUUAUCGUUAUCGCGAAAACACAAUCCACAGAUAAAAAACAAAAAACGUUCCGUUUCAUCGUAAAUACAGUGCUAAAUCGUGUGAAACAAAACACUGCGAAAAACUCCCUAAUUCGACAUUAUUUUUGUGAAUAAUUAAACACGAACAAAAAGUAAAAACCAGUUCGCAAUCGCCUCAAAAAUUAGGCCCCCAAUAAAAAUAUAUACUGGCAUAUGCAAAAAAAAAAAAGUGACGAUCCAAAGCAAGAAACUGGCAUCUCGCCCGCUUGAUAUAUAACACCCCAACACAAACGUAUUAAUACGCGAUAACACAAAUACUAGAAAAAGAGCGAAAAUCAAAUCCAGCGAAUCAACUUCACAGUAACGUCGCAAAGUCAGAGCUAAAUCGUCAAGCAAACCGAGUAGUUGUGCCUAAAACCGUUGGUUAACCACCGUCGUUAAAUCGCAAAAAAAGUUUCAAGAUCGUUAUCAAUCUGGAAAAAUUUCAUUAACUGCAAAAUAAUGUCAACCUUCUGACAGUGUCUAAAACAAAAUUAAUACAAAACAACAACGCAAAACCUUAACUUACAUAACCAGCAUUGAAAAUCUGAAAUUUUGGAAGCGAAGCCCCAAAAGUGUCCACUGAUUUAACUGCUAAUUGGAAUGUCGCAUAUCUGACAGUGACUAAACAAACACCACAACCAAAUCCAAAUCGAAACAAGCAAGAAACGAGAACUAAAACUCCGUGGAAAGCAACACAUAAGCCUGUUAUCAGUGAAAUAUAUACAUAUUCGAUUCCAGCGUAAACAACUGCUAUAUAAUGUCCGUCGCCAUCUGACAGUGGUCCAAACAACCAGAGACAAAAAAGGAGACAAGAAUCGCAUAGUCAGGCAAGUUUCACCGGACCGAGUGAAACCUGUAACGUAGGACCAAGCAAUCCAAGAAACAUUUAAAUUUGCAACAACGGGCUAACCGAUUCAGCAAUAAAUGGAGAAAUCUGAAAUACGACUGCAGCGCAUGUCAAAUGAAUAUCAGUCGCAAUCGAGCUAUAUGUAUCUCCGGACCAAAAUGCUGUUAAAAAUCGAAAAUACCCUACUUCGAAGCCAUCGUCAGCGCGAGACUACCGGUAUCAAGAAACUAUACAAUUCGUUUUUCGUAUUGUUUUAAUUU